AUGGGGACGGUCACACGGCUCCCCUGGCUCAGCUCGGAGCCUCACCCAGGCCACCCCUCCUGCAGACUGCUGGACGUGAUCCACACGGAGAACAAGCUUUACCUGGUCUUUGAGUUCCUGCACCAGGACCUGAAGAAGUUCAUGGAUGCAUCGUCCCUGGGCGGCAUCGCGCUGCCCCUCAUCAAGAGCUACCUGUUCCAGCUGCUGCAAGGCCUGGCCUUCUGCCAUGCACACCGAGUGCUGCACCGUGACCUCAAACCCCAGAACCUCCUCAUUAACGCUGAUGGUGCCAUCAAGCUGGCUGACUUUGGGCUGGCACGAGCCUUUGGGGUGCCCGUGCGGACCUACACGCACGAGGUGGUGACACUGUGGUACCGUGCGCCUGAGAUCCUGCUGGGCUGCAAGUAUUAUUCGACUGCUGUGGACAUCUGGAGCCUGGGCUGCAUUUUUGCUGAGAUGGUGACACGGCGCGCGCUCUUCCCCGGGGAUUCAGAGAUCGAUCAGCUCUUCCGUAUCUUCCGUACGUUGGGGACACCCGAUGAGGCUUCAUGGCCUGGAGUCACUGCACUGCCCGACUAUAAGCCCAGCUUCCCUAAAUGGGCCCGGCAGGAUCUGGGCAAGGUGGUGCCACCAUUGGAUGAGGAGGGACGCAAGCUGCUGGCGCAAAUGCUGCACUACGAUCCCAACAAGCGCAUCUCAGCCAAGGCAGCCCUGGGCCAUCCCUUCUUCCGCGACGUCACCAGGGCCGUCCCCCACCUGCGGCUGUGAGCACUGAGCUGGGGGGGGUUGGGCACUGGGACCCCCCCCAGCCCCCAGGACAGCUCGGGGUGGGGACCCCCCCCCUCUUGUCUGGGCUCUCAGCACUUACAGUUGGGGGUGAGGGGAGGGGGGAAAGGGAUAAGGGGAGGGGCAGAGCUUUCCCCCUCCCUUUAUCCCCCUCCCCUGCAUCCCCAGGGGUGGCAAUGGGGGUCCAGCUUUUCUUGCCCCCCCCCCCCGCGGGUUUUUCCUCGCUGACUUUUGUACCUUUUUUGGGCCAUUUUGUAGUUGACAUUUAAA